AUGGCAACCCUCAAAGAGAAGAGGACCUGUGGUCAAAGGUGUGAAGACUUCGGUCGCUUUGUGUGGAACUCGGAGAAUGGGACGUUUAUGGGCAGAACGCCGCUGAGAUGGGUUUACAUCAGUCUGUACUACGUGGCGUUCUACGUUGUGAUGACGGGUCUCUUCUCCCUGGCCAUUUAUGUGCUCAUGUACACUAUAGACCCUUAUGUACCGAUGUAUCAAGAUCGAUUAAAAUCGCCAGGGGUAAUGGUUUGGCCGGACACAUACUCAGACGAGCAGGUUCAGAUCACCUACAACAUGUCCAACAAACAAAGCUGGGGGAAGAUGUCCCAGUGCCUCACCACCUUCCUAAAACCCUACAAUGACACCACGCAGAAACAAAUCAACCCUUGCAACUGUACCACAGGCAAAUACUUCAUACAGAACACAUAUAAUGCACCUAACCACACCAAAUAUGCUUGCCCUUUCCUGCAAAGCAUGCUGGGUAACUGCUCUGGCAUUAGCGACCCAAGCUUUGGCUAUUCAGGGUCACAGCCAUGUGUGAUCAUCAAGAUGAACAGGAUUAUCAAUUUUCUUCCAAAUAAUGGAACUGGACUUGCACCCUACGUGAACUGCACUGUCUUGGAAGGCCAAGAAAACGUGAGAUCAAUGGAGUAUUACCCCACAAACGGCACCUUUGACCUCUCCUACUACCCUUACUAUGGCAGGAAGGCACAGCCGACUUACUACAACCCUCUGGUGGCUGUGAAAAUUGACCUGGUCAACCAGCGCACGGCGAAGAUGCAUUGUAGAGUGAUGGCAAACAACAUUGCGUAUGAGAGCAUUCAUGAACCCUACACGGGUAGAGUGGUCUUCUACAUCCAAGCUUUGAGUUAA